AUGGCUACUACCUUCGCCUUCGCCACGCCGUCACUAUCCUCCUCUUCUCGCGUCUUCGUUCACCGCACUCCGAUUCCCUACCACCGCUCUCCCAACCACCUCAGGUUGCCGCCUCUCAAAUGCUCCUCUUCCGAGCCGGAAACCGCCAUGCCUCCCCCCGACUGGACUCACAAGUUGAUCGCCGGGGUCGCGGGAGUCGGAUUCCUCGAAACCUCGUACCUCACUUACCUAAAACUCACCGGCGCCGACGCCUUUUGUCCCGUCGGCGGCGGCACGUGCUCCAACAUACUCGACAGUGAUUACGCCCUUGUCUUCGGUGUUCCUCUUCCUUUGAUUGGGAUGGCUGCGUAUGGCUCGGUUGCUGCUCUAGGUCUUCAAUUGGCUUCGAAUAAGUUGCGUUUUGGGAUUAACAAAUCAAUUGCACAAGUAGUGUUGCUUGGAGCCACAACCUCCAUGGCAGCUGCUAGUGCGUAUUUCUUGUACAUUCUGACCACUAGAUUCUCUGAUUCGUCUUGCUCCUACUGCUUACUUUCGGCUUUCUUGUCCUUCACCUUAUUUUUUGUCACACUCAAGGACCUUGGAUUGCAAGAGGUGUCUAAACAACUAGGUCUGCAGCUGCUUGUUGCUAGCGUAGUGAUUCUCUCGCUGAACACCUCAUAUAACAAUUCUAAAUCUGGAUCCUCAAGCCUGGCUGAAAUUGAACUGCCAUAUUAUGCAACUGAGAUUACAACUUCGUCAAGCCCUUUCGCACUGUCUCUUGCAAGGCACUUGCACUCCAUAGGAGCUAAAAUGUAUGGUGCUUUCUGGUGUUCGCAUUGUCUGGAACAAAAAGAGAUGUUUGGGCGCGAGGCAGCCAAGGAGUUGGAUUAUGUGGAAUGCUUUCCCGAAGGAUAUCGUACAGGAACUAAAAUGAUAAAGGCAUGCAUAGACGCCAAACUUGACGGUUUCCCUACAUGGAUUAUCAAUGGCCAGGUUCUAAGUGGGGAGCAAGAAUUAUUGGAACUGGCUCAAUUGUCUGGUUAUAACGAAUCUGUUCAACCUAAUUAA